AUGGUGAAAGUGCAAGUGGAACAGGGUUGGCUGGAAGGAGAACAACUAGAGACAUCUACAGGCGAAGGAACAUACUAUAGUUUUAAAGGCAUACCUUACGCGGCGCCGCCGAUCGGAAAAUUGAGGUUCAAGGCGCCACAACCACCGCUACCAUGGGAGGGUCUGAGGAAAGCAACAGAGCAUGGACCCAUAUGCACUCAAUACAAUAUAAUUGUGAAUGAAUAUAUCCCUGGUAGUGAAGAUUGCCUCUACCUCAAUGUUUAUACUCCUGAAAUAAACCCUGCAAAACCACUACCAGUCAUGUUCUUCAUUCAUGGCGGUGCAUUCAAAAGUGGGUCAGGCAAUGAUGAUUAUUACGGUCCUGAUUUCCUGGUCAAUCAUGAUGUUGUCUUAGUCACCAUCAACUAUAGACUCGAAGUCUUAGGAUUUCUAUGCCUCGACACACCAGAGGUACCCGGAAAUGCUGGGUUGAAGGACCAAGUUUUUGCCUUGAAAUGGGUCAAACAAAACAUAAGUAAAUUUGGAGGAGAUCCAAAUAAUAUCACAAUUUUUGGAGAAAGCGUCGGCGGGGCGUCUACUAUCUUCCAUGUUUUAUCUCCUUUAGCAAAAGGUUUAUUCAAUAGAGCUAUAUCGAUGAGUGGUGUACCAUCCUGUGAUUGGGCACUGUCAUUUGAGCCUAGAAAAAAAGCCUUUAUCCUUGGAAAACAAUUAGGCUUCGAGACCAAUGAUCCCGAUAAACUAUUAGAGUUUCUUCAAAGCGUUCCAGCUGAGAAACUGGUUAACACAAACCCGUCUGUCUUAGCUUCUGAAACGGUUACCAUGAACAUAUUAAAAACUUAUCAUUUCACAUUUGUAGUAGAAAAAGAUUUUGGCAAAGAACAUUUUUUAACAGAAUCUCCAGCAGAAGUUGUUAAAAGCGGAAAGAUUAAUAAUGUAGACAUUCUUAUAGGUUACACGAGUCAAGAAAGUUUGAUCGCACUCGAUAUUUACGAAAGUUCCUUACUUAAUGAAUACAAUAGAUGGGACGAGUUGUUUGUUCCCAGAGAAAUUUUACUGGAAGCUACACCUAGACAAAUUUUGGAGAUAUCGAAACGAAUUCGCGAGCAUUACUUUGGUGCCAAAUUAGUAAAUUUGGACACAAUGAAGGAGUUUCUGAAUUACUCCUCGGAAUGUAAUUUCACAUAUGAUAUUUGCAGGUUUAUUAAAAAUUUCUCAAAACGAAACCAAUCGUCGAAUUUAUAUGUGUAUAAAUUUUCUUGUAUAUCUGAAAGGAAUAUUUUUGGUAAUAAAGGUACUAAGUAUGGUGUGUAUGGAACAGCUCAUAUAGAUGACCUUAUGUAUUUAUUCAAUGCGAAAUCUUUAAAUUUAACUAUUGACAAAAAUAGCAAAGCAUAUAAAAUGAUACAACAAACGUGCACGCUGUUCACCAACUUUGCUAAGUAUGGGUGA